AACGUUUUGCUUAUGUAGUGUAUCCACAUGACCGGCAACAUUUCUAGAAUUUCCAAUUUUCCAGUGCAUAGUAUCACUAUGGCAUUAUCCCAUCAUUUUGCGAUUGCGCUUCUCAAACCCUGUGAAAAUCAAUACUUUAAAGAUAUCACAAUUGUUAAUGUUUACUAUCCUUUGUUGUUUAGAACUUUGUCAGAACAAUCAAUGUUGAAAACCAUUUGCUUUUAAGCUUAAUCUUUUCAAGUUAAAGAGCGAGCUUGAUUAAUUACAAUGACCGAAUCUGAAAAUAUUGGAUCAAUGGACAAAUCAGGUCAAGAUGACGAUAUCAUUGAAAAUUGCAUGCCUAAAAAAGUUGAUAAAAAUAAUAUAAAGGGUAAAAAACGUAAAAAGUGUUUACGUGACAAAACAGCACCAAGACCUCCACAUUCUGGGUAUAUACGAUUUUUAAAUGAUAGACGUGAACAAUUCCGAUCUGAAAAUCCAAAUCUACCAUUUGCUGAAAUUACCAAAAUGCUAGCUACUGAAUGGAACCAAUUGCCAGCUGAUAAAAAACAACAUUAUCUUUUAGCCGCCGAACAAGAACGAAGAAAGUAUGUUGAAGAAUUAGAUGCUUAUAAAAAGACUGAUGCAUACAACAAUUUUAUUCAACGAAAAUUGAAAAAAAAGAAAGUGAAAACCCCAAUCCAAGAAGAUCAUAAAUUAGAAAAAGAAAAACCAUCUACUGAUAAUAGUAAUACAGUUUAUGAUAUUCCUAUAUACACGGAAGAAUUCUUGAAUUUCAAUAAAGCGAGAGAAAGUGAACUAAGGUACCUUCGUAAAACGGUAACAGAUCAAGAACAAGAAGUAUCUGUCUUAGAUAAACAUAUUGGAAACAUGAAUAAUGGAAUAAUCAAAUUAAUGGCUAACACUGAAAAACUCAAAGCAGGAUGUUCAAAAUACGAACAGUAUUUGAUUAAAUUACGGUCUAUACUUUUAGAUAGUUUUUCUGACAUUACUUUCCCAGAUGACAUUGAGCCACCUACUGUCGAGACUAUUGACACAUUCAUGGUUAAUUUAGUCACACUGCUAACUACUAAUACUACUACUGAUCCUUUGUGGGUUGCAAAUAUAAAAAAAGCUAUUUCUAAUCUGGAUUUUUCUCAAUGUUAAAUAAAGUAUAUUUUAAACAAUCAAUUUAUAAGUCAUAACUCAUAAAUGAACUGAUUAUGUUUAAUAAUAUUAUUUAACGUGAU